AUGUCUGCGAACACCAUUCUGCACCGGCAGCUCGAUGAGCCCAGUACACACUCUGCCGUCCUUUCGCAGCAGCAUGCGCCUUCAUACGAUGCAUCGCAGAGGGAUGAAUUGCCCGACUACGAGGAGCCUGCGCCCUCGUACGGCCGCGAAACAUACGAAGCGCCAGUGCACACAUACUACCUUCGCGCGCCGGACAAGAAGAGCCUCAUGGUCGUGCCAUACGGUCCGUCAUCGUCCGGCUCGUUCAAGAUUACUUCGCGUAGCUGCCGUCCAUUCUCCAAGAAGCCGGAGAUGGAGGUCUGGCGCACAGUUCGUGCGAGCCUGCCAGCCACCGAUGAUGAAUAUGUAGCUGGCAUAUGGUUCGACACAGACGGGCCGUUACCCUGGUGUCCCCGCGCACGCUUUGUCCGUCAAGACCCGACGGAAGGCAACCGAAUGUUCAAGAUGGAAGCGCGGAACUUUUCAGACUGGACCGUAUCAGUGGACGGAACGCUGUAUACCUGGCUUCUUGAAGCAAAACCUUUCUCGCUAGUCCUUCGUCAAAAUGGGAGGCAAGAUACGGUUGCGCGCUUCAACUUCUCGAUCCACGGACUUGUUGCGACUGGUGGGGCUGAAGUUGGCGAUUUGACAAUUUACCAAGAUAGACUGUCGCAAGACAGAGCAGGCGUGGAUGUGAUCCUGUGCGGCCUGGUCACAGCCCUCUUGCAAUUCAAGAAGAUGGGGAGACACUAUAAGAACGAGCCCGGUGCUGUCCCGGAGCGUGCUGCAUCGUUGCCCGAGGAGCGAGUCCCUCUGCACCGAACCGCGGUAGGGCAAUUUUGGUCGUAUCAACAAGGCUGA